GCAGCGCCGCCCGGCCCGGCCGCGCAGCCAUGGCCGAGCAGACCUACUCGUGGGCCUAUUCCCUGGUGGACUCGAGUCAAGUGUCGACAUUCCUCAUCUCCAUUCUGCUGAUAGUCUACGGUAGCUUCAGGUCCCUGAACAUGGACUUUGAAAAUCAAGAUAAGGAGAAAGAUAAUAACAGUUCUUCGGGGUCUUUCAAUGGCAACAGCACCAGUAAUAGUAUCCAAACCAUCGACUCGACCCAGGCGCUGUUCCUCCCCAUCGGGGCGUCCGUCUCUCUCCUUGUAAUGUUCUUCUUCUUCGACUCAGUUCAAGUCGUUUUUACAAUAUGUACAGCAGUCCUCGCCACGAUAGCGUUUGCUUUCCUUCUCCUCCCGAUGUGCCAGUAUUUAACGAGACCCUGUUCGCCUCAAAACAAGAUUUCCUUCGGCUGCUGCGGGCGUUUCACCGCCGCUGAGUUGCUGUCAUUCUCUCUGUCCGUCAUGCUCGUCCUCAUCUGGGUCCUCACCGGCCACUGGCUUCUCAUGGAUGCCCUGGCCAUGGGGCUCUGUGUGGCCAUGAUCGCCUUCGUCCGCCUGCCCAGCCUCAAGGUCUCCUGCCUGCUGCUCUCGGGCCUUCUCAUCUAUGACGUCUUUUGGGUCUUCUUCUCCGCUUACAUCUUCAACAGCAACGUCAUGGUGAAAGUGGCCACGCAGCCAGCCGACAACCCCCUGGACGUGCUGUCCCGGAAGCUGCACCUGGGGCCCAGCGUGGGGCGUGACGUGCCUCGCCUGUCCCUGCCUGGCAAGCUGGUCUUCCCCAGCUCCACCGGCAGCCAUUUCUCCAUGCUGGGGAUCGGGGACAUCGUGAUGCCCGGGCUCCUGCUGUGCUUCGUCCUCCGCUACGACAACUAUAAGAAACAAGCCAGCGGCGACUCCUGUGGCGCCUCGGGGCCGGCCAACAUCUCCGGCCGCAUGCAGAAGGUGUCCUACUUCCACUGCACCCUCAUCGGCUACUUCGUAGGUCUCCUCACUGCCACGGUGGCCUCCCGCAUCCACCGGGCGGCCCAGCCCGCGCUGCUGUACCUGGUGCCCUUUACCUUGUUGCCACUCCUCACCAUGGCCUACUUGAAGGGCGACCUCCGGAGGAUGUGGUCCGAGCCCUUCCACUCCAAGGCCAGCAGCUCCCGGUUCCUGGAAGUAUGAUGGACCCCAGCGUGCGGCGAGUCCUUGGUGCCGACUCCACUCCCGGCGCCGCGCCAUUUCCCGAGCCGGCCCGGUGCCCAGAGAUGGGCCUGUUGUUUGGGGACCUGCCACGGGCCUGGAUUUGCCUUCGCAGGAACAAAGCUCGUGGAGGGGGCCCCCCCCCCCCCCCCGCCCCCAGACUCUUAAGUGCAGGAGGAGACGCAGCCUUCCCGAGCCUGGCGGCGCCCGGGCCCUUGCCGCCCACC